AUGUCUCCCUUCAAAGCCUCCGACGUGGAAAGAGACUCAAGGCCUACACUGGCUCGAUGCUUGCGUGAUGGGGGCACAAAGAAUUCACGCCGCGGUUGGCUUGCACCUUCAAGGGUCCAUUCUAGAAAAGGGACUGCAAUAUGCGGGACAUACAUACAGGCCGCUACGAUAGUAGGUGCCAACGCCUGGAUUGUUCAUACAGAUACUGGAAUAUUUGGCGACGCUUUCAAUGCAUGGAGGCCCGAACGAUGGAUUGACUGUACUGAAGAGUAG